AUGUUGAAGAGUAUGAUGAACACCUUAAGCAUGAGUAUGAACAUGUUGAAUAUGUCUGAGAGUGAAGAGGCCAGUGAGUAUGUUUGUUCUGAAGAUGAGAGUUCCCAGACAGAUGGUUUUGUAGAAGGGCUUAUAGAAGCUAGGAUGGGAGUUCAUGAGGGUGAGAUGGCUGGGCCAUCAGUAGAGUCUGGGUCAGAGGCAUAUAGGGAGAUGCAGAAGAAGUAUAAAGUGUUAGAAGCCAGUGUUGAUCGGGUUCUAGCUUUGGCACAUACACCGGAGGUGGGCUCGAGCAAUCAGACAUCACCAUCAGAGUCUGUGGGUAUAGCCAUGGUUUCAGCUUCAGAGGGGGUGGACAUCCGGGUUGGUGUCCCGUUGGGGAAUCGGAAUACACUCACAGAAGCCAAGUUGGUUGAGCUUCGGACAGAUUAUAGUGUGCCAUCCUAUGUGGGCUUGAGGUUACCUAGUGCUGCGGAUGUAGUGAGAUAUCCUCCGGAGGGUUCAGUGAUGAUAUUCACCGAUAUGUACCAGCAUGGUCUCAGACUACCGUUUCAUCCUUGGGUAUAG